AUGGCUCUCGCAAAACAUUCGGUUCUCCGGUCCCGAAUGGCCUUGGACCUAGCAUCAAUCUCUGUCGACGAGCCACAGUCCUAUAUAUGGAGUGUCAACGCGAAAUCUGUCCCAUUUUCUUCACUAAACUAUUGGGUGUUUGCGCGCAACCAUAUCUCUAUCCUCGACUACAACAUAGAACCAAUUCCAGACUUCUUUGUGGCUGGUCUUCCGGCCAGAACCACGACUGGAGUUUUUCGCAACCACAUAAUGAGACUCAACUCCUCUGUAUCGUGCGAAGAAGUGGAUGCUGGCGACUUUCCAUCACCAUGUCCUGGUGACCGACCUCUCACCGUGUUCUGGGAACACUUCCUAGACACAGAAGUGCGUGUAUGCGUUCCCGGAAAUUAUACUGCUUUCCCAUGGUCACUCAGUCGCAAUCGCCAGGAUUUUGACGAAGAGAUAUAUAUUGGAAUUAACGAUACGAGCACCGGUCGGAAUGACGGGAACACAGAUAAUCCGCUAUGCAGUACAAGCUCUACCUUCUGCUGCAAGGCAACAACAACUAGGGGCUAUUUUGAGCUGGGUAAUAAUUGGAAUCAUAACACAUACGAGCCACUUCUAGAACACUGGCCUGAUCCAGCAGAGAUGGAGGAGAGUUUCAAUGACUGGACUAAUCCUUAUAGUCAAUGUCCAAACACUGUACCCUCUGACACAGAUACUUGUUUUAAUGUUCAUGAUUCGGCUUCGCACGACGAGGAUUCUUCCGAUACUGAGACCUGA